UAUUUUUUAAAAUAUGCGAUAACGAUUUCGUAAAGAAACUUUUGCCUCUCAAUUUCUUUCAGUUCAGUUGUUAAGUGAAUCUUGUACAAUUAAGUGGCUGAAUUAUUGGUCGACUAGUUUCAGCAAAAUUAAAAUUACUCCAACACAUUUUUAAUUUUUCUAAAGCGAAAUCACCUUCUUCAACUAUGGCCCAAAGCAGACGAUACUCACGGUUUUAUUCGUGGUCUGUCAUUUUGGCUGUCGUAUUUUCUGUGGCAACAACACAAGAGACAUUUUCUCAGAGAAGAGCAAAAUAUUUGGAGGAGAAGAGAAGACUAGCAGCCGAAAAAAGAUGGGCAGAGGAAGACAGACUUGGGAUUCCAACUACCACCACCACAACUACGACGACUACGACACCUAAACCUUACCACGAACUGACACCAUAUGAAAAACUUGAUGUUGCCAAUCGGAACAUUGCCAAAGGAGAUGAGGCUGAAUUCAUGGCUAAACUCAGUCAGCAUAUGAAUUGGGAACAGUUUCUGACUCCUAUUCCCAUUAGUCUGGGAGUCCUCGGCAGUCUAAUGAUGUCAGCUACGCAAACCAACGAUUUCACCAUCAACGAUCACAAGCCCGUUGGAGGUUUUCAGUACAUGCGACAUCCGACCAGUUUUCGCCAAUCUCUGAUGCAAAUCGGUCACGAAAGUUACAAGGCCUUCCUGGUAGCACACAGCAAUAUGAACAAGAUUCGACUGUCGACACUCACUGUUCCCUCCUACAUGAACGAAGCUACUCGAAUUUUAGCAACUGGUAACUUUACAGUCAUUCAAUCCCGUCUUCAUCGACCAUUACGAGUUGUGAGAACUGCCAUUAACGACAGUUUAAACUGGUCAUUGAAAGUGGCCAUCCAAUUCGAGUACUUGUCCAAUCUGACGGAUGAGGUCCAUUUGACGGCUGUUAGUUCCAAAAGUGCUAAAGAAGGUACCAAGUUGAGUGUGGUCGAACAACAGUCCCUUAAAAAGCUGACGAGCGAUAGUGUCCAACAGCAUCUAAAUCAAAUUGAAAAGCAGUUAAAGGACGACCUAAAGAAGAGUGAUCGAGCUCAUGAAGACUUAUUGCAAGCCUGGCUUUCCAAACCGACAGCCUUUGAACGCUUGGGCAUGGACAUUGGACAAUUUUUUCUAAACGAUGUUUUGGGCGGAUUAUUUGGCCUGUUUUCCUUUGGGAAAAGUUCUUGGAACAAACCGCAGACCAAUGAUGAAAAUAAUUCCACUUCCGCGAGCAAUUCUUCCUACAACGAUCCUUGCAUUCCCAUGCAUUCACUUCUGGUAAUUGUUCUUUACACAACCGGCCAAUCAAUUUCUACCGACUAUCCGACGUUAGAAUCCAUCAAUUCCAAGAACGGUCGUUAUAACGCCACCACACACUCAGAUUAUUUGGCUUCCGCUUUGAAAAAGGUAACCAAUUGUCAGCCUAUCAGCGAUGCCAUUGUCACCGGACAGAAAUAUGUUGAAAGUAUGCACAAGCUGGCGCAUAAAACCCCAACUCUUCCGGAAAAAAGUUCAAAAAGUGAUCGAGAAACAGCAUCGCGCGCCUUUGAAGAAGAGAGGGGAAAAGAAUUUUCUCGCAUCAAGAAACUGGAAAAGAGUUUCAUCGGUCAAUGUCUCCAGUUGAAAGAAAUGGCUCAGAAGGUACCUACAGCCAACAUACCUCCCAUUGUGGCCUCAGAAAUUCCCAACGAGUCGCGAGCAAGUCGCCAAGCAAUGGCCAUGGCCAAUUAUAAAAUCAAACUGCACACGAAAUCGCUCGAGGAGCUGAGAAACAAUUUGGAUAAGAAUUGGAAAUUGGCGAUAAAUAAAACCGAAGAAUUGGUCCGAAUUUUACAAGAGAUGUCCAUUUUGAAAACAGAAGAGAUUCAAUUCGAGAAGGCCAUUAAAAUGCUCCACAUGGGGCUGACUCAAUUGAGUGAAUUAAAGGAAAAUUGGUCUAAUUUGGUUCGUUUCUUUGUUAGCAUAUCCUCGGUCAUCGAGUCGAUUGGCAACAAACAUCUAGAGGACUUCAGCAAAGAUAUUGAAACGACUAGCCAAUCGGUGAGAAAUAUCCACAAAAUGAGCGUCAUCAACGGUAUUCACGUUAAAGCGACCCGGGCGAAUCAAGCUACCGCCCUAGUUCACGGAAUGGCUGACACUUAUUUCAAGAUAUCCACCAAAUAUUUGAUGCCCAAUGUUCAAAAGUUGGACCGACUUAUGGGUCUGAAGCCUUACCAGAUACCUUACGAACGCCAGUUGCUGUUGCAAUCAUGUGAGCGUGAUUCAGCCGAAAUCGGGCACCUGAUUGUCGAUGGAAGACUUCAACUAGUCGAGCAGGUAGCAGCUAGAGUUCGCCAGGUCAAGAAUGAAUACAAAUUUCUGGACGAUUUGAGAGAGAGAGCAAAAGAAGAAGAACGAACGAAGAUAUCUGAAGAAAAAAACAAUCUUGUUCUGAUUGGACAAUUACCGGAAGAAGAAUUACAAGCUGAAGUGGAGAAAGAAGUUAAAACUACUAUUGAAAAGGAUAUCUUUUUGAGUCAAGAUCCUAUUGAAGAAGAAGAAUUUUAAUUUCACCGCGCAAUAUUUCCGCGUUGUUGCCCCCAUUUAAUUAGUAAUAUGUUUACUUUGAAUAUUAGAUGUACUUUUAAAAAACACUGCUGAAAAAUAAUAAUAAAUACCUAUCCUGAAAAUGUUGUAGGUAUAUGUCAAUUAUAAGCAAAAGUAAUUUUUUAAGGAUAGCUUAUUACAGCCUGAUGUUAAUAUCUUAUUUUAUGUUCUUGCAAGGCGAAGGACUGGUAGAUUAUUGAAGUGUAGUUAUAACAGUCUAAACGCUAAUCUUGCACCGAGUUUUACUUUGACUGCCAUGAUUCCGUCUCUGACUUUAUUUCUACUUUUAUGCAUCAAAGUUCACUUAUUAAAGCUCUCAUCCAUCAUAUUUUUGUAUUUAUUCAUCUUCCCUCCAUAAGACCCGACUUUCAAACAAUUCUCAGAACGACAAUUACCUUUUUGAAUUAUUUUCGGGAUGCAGGUUCUUAUUCCUUUAGCUGUUAACGUUUUAAUUUCAUACGAUAUCUUCUCACAUUUUCCUGGACGACGGCAGUGCUGUUGUUCUCCUGGGUUCUUUCUCUUCGUCAUCAUUUGUUCCACUUGCUGCGAUAAUUUCUACAAUUGUUGAUAACAAUAACGUUUUUGGUCUUAUUCAAGUUGAACCCAGAUGAACCCCCUUGAAGGCUUGAACCCCCAGGAGUCCACAACUCUACAUCCAUCUCAUUGACAUUCUUUAUGACACCUUGUACUCUAGUAGAGGAAUUUUGUACUUCUUUAUCGAAUCAUGCAUCGUUCGUCUGCGCGGGAAUCGUUUUUCGCUGUAACGCUGUUGCUUGGUGGAGUUUGAGUUGACUGUAUGCUGUAUCGUCUUCUGUCUGGUACGGUCGAAGAACAGAAACUUAAGAUUACUUUGUAUGGAAUAUUUGUUAUUUAACCUGUGGCUGUACCUGUGUAAAGUAGAGAUGAACCAUAUUAUGUCAUUUUGUUUUCUAAGUUUUGGGCACAGAACGACGGAACCAAAUCCUAUACCAUGACAGAACUAUGUGCAUAAAAAAAUAACAAAUUUUGAGAAAAUAUAUAUUUUUUGUGUUGGUUCUUUUUAAGGAAACUGUCCGAAGCUAUUAAUUGAACCUGUCCAACUCUCAAAUGGGAUGCUGCAUAUUUCAGUUUUAUUCAAUUUUGAAAGGUCUGAACAUCAUCUUUGAUUUACCUAUCUUCCAACUGAAAGCAGAUCAACAGGCAACAGCACUAACAGUUAGGCCACAGUGUAAGUAUUUAAUACUGUGUUCUACAACCAACACGAUGACCAGCAGCACUUUGAGACUAGGCCUUUUUCAAAGUCAAAAACUACUUUGACGCAGGUACCAACAAUCACGUUGGUAAUAACCUAAGUUGAAAUCAGGAACAACGGCUCAAUAAUAUUCCAAAUCAUCAAGGUGUUCAUGUCAGUAUUUGAGAUGGAGAAUCAAUGCUUCCACAACUACA